CCCCCCCUUUCUCUCUGUGCUUUUUAAGAACGAAAGUAAAAGUCUUUCGGAUAAACAGAGAGCACGAAGAUUUUAAUCGCCACGUCAGAAGAUUAACAUCUACAAAAAUCAGACCCUGGAGCUCAAACACACACCUAAAGUUGUCCUGGCCACAUAAAGAGCAUUGUGUACACACAAUACACACAAUACACACAAUACACACUACAGGACAGCUUCACAAAAAGCUCAGAGUCAGUCAUGAAAAGGCAAGUCUCGAGCCAGACGGCAGAGCAAGAUGGAGUUACAAAGCAGCCCAAAAGAACGUCAGCAGGAUCAGCAGCAGAAAGGCCGAGUUCUCCUGCUCACAGCUGUGUGUCCAUGAAGAGCGACGCGUCCAUGGAUUUUCUUCACGCAUUCGGUCGAGGGAAAAAGAUCACUGGAAAAAGUAAUGAUGAAGAAAGACCAAACUUAGCUUCUCCUAGUAAACUCUCAGUGGUGAGUGACGAGUCAGAACUCAUCCAGAACGAUGAGGAAACUUUUCUCCGUCUGCACCCAUCAGCCUCAGCACCGGUUAGGUCCAAGCCACACGUGCCACAAGUCUGCUGGCGGCACAACAAGCCUCUGGAAAUCUACUGCAACACAGAUCAGAUGCUGAUCUGUAAACAGUGCGCAACUGUGGAACAUGGAGGACACAACAAGAGCUACACACGGACAGCUAAGGCCCUGCUGGAGCUGGACACAUUGACGUUACUUGAGCAAACGCUGAACAAUUUAGAGACAAAAAAGUUCAUGUGGUAUCUGUGCCAAAAUUACCCAGAAUGCUUUGAGACUGCUCAGGUGACUUCUGAUAUCCAGGAAGCAUCUAAACUCAUUCUGGAGAGAUUUGGCUCAGAUGCAGCUCCAAAGAUUGCUCUCAAGGUCAUGCUGGAGUUAGGUAAAAGUCAUAAGACCAUUCAAGAUCAUCUCAAAUCUAAACUUCAGGAUCAUCUUAGAACCAGAUUCCGGCACAUACGUGAAGGGAACGCUCAGCAGGGGAACCAGAUUCUCCUAAACGAUAUCUUCACAGAGCUUUUCAUUACAGAAGGAGGGGAUGGAGCGAUCAAUAAAGAGCAUGAGAUCAGACAGAUCGAGGAUGCGAGCAAGAACAAGGGAGCUGAAGAGAUUGUGAUAAAAUGCAACGACAUCUUCCAACCUUUACCCGGGCAGAACAAGCGCGUCCGGACCGUGCUUACCAAGGGUAUCGCUGGGAUUGGGAAAACCGUCUCUGUUCACAAAUUCAUCCUGGACUGGGCAGAAGGAAAAGCCAAUCAGGAUAUCCAUUACAUCUUCCCGCUUCCUUUCCGUGACCUGAAUUUGAAGGGAAAUAAAGAAUAUAGCGUGAUGGAGCUCCUUUAUCAGUACUUUCCAGAACUUAGAGAACUUAGCACUAUAAGGAGCGAGGAAGUAAAAACCUUGUUCAUCUUCGACGGCCUGGACGAGUGCCGACUUCCGCUGAAUUUCAGGAACAAUGAAAUGUGCUGUGACUUGACACAAAAAAUCUCCGUGGAUGUCCUGCUCACAAACCUCAUUCGGGGAAAUAUACUUCCAUCCGCUCUUCUCUGGAUAACCUCACGUCCAGCGGCGGCCGAUAUGAUCCCUCCUGAGUAUGUCGACCAGGUAACCGAGGUCCGUGGGUUUAAAGACUCUGAGAAAGAGGAUUACUUCCUAAAGAGGUUCGAUGAUCGAGGUCUUGCUGAGAAAAUUAUUCAACACAUAAAGUCUUCGAGGAGCCUCCACAUUAUGUGCCAUAUCCCCGUCUUCUGCUGGAUAUCUGCGACGGUUCUGGAGAAGAUGUUGGGUGAGACGGACACAGAAGUACCUAAAACUCUGACCCAGAUGUACAACCACUUUCUUCUCAUUCAGACACAUCUGAAAAACAAGAAAUACCACGGAGUGAAUCAGGCCCACAUGGAGCUGCUGGAAUCUGACAAAGAGAUGAUCUUCAAACUGGCCAAGCUAGCGUUUCUGCAGUUAGACAAAGGAAAUCUGAUUUUCUACGAAAACGAUUUAACUGAAUGCGACAUUGAUGUUAGCAAAGCGACUGAAUACUCUACAAUCUGCACAGAAAUUUUCAAAGAAGAGUUCGUAUUGUACCGAGAGAAGGUCUUCUGUUUUGUACAUCUGAGCAUUCAGGAGCAUUUAGCUGCUGUUUACGCGCAACAUACAUUUAUGGUCAACCGUGUAAACAUCCUUCAAGAGAGCAACAAGAAUCAGAGCAAUGCGGUGAAGAUGUCAGAUUUGCACAAGAGCGCUGUGGAUAAAGCGCUGAAAAGUGAGAACGGACGCUUUGACCUUUUCCUGCGCUUUCUCCUUGGUCUCUCACUCGACUCCAAUCAGACUCUUUUGAAAGGUCUGCUGCCCAAAGCCUGUGUGGAGAGUUUGGAGGAAACUGUGGACUACGUCAAGGAGAAGAUAAGAAAGGAGUCGUCGGCUGAAAGGACUAUUAACCUGUUCCACUGUCUGAACGAACUGAAUUACAACUCGCUGGUGGAAGAAAUCCGUACUUUUCUGAGAUCUGGCAAGCAGUCGGAGGCGGAGCUUAAACCAGACCAGUGCUCAGCCUUGGCCUAUGUGCUGUUAACGUCAGAGGACGUGAUAAAUGAAUUUGACCUAAAGAUGUGUAACACAUCUCCUGAGGGAUAUCGAAGAUUGUUACCAGUUGUCAAGACCUCGAGAAAAGCCAGUCUUGCGGGUGUCAACCUCACCGACGAAUCCUGUGAAAUCCUGGCUUCGGUUCUCCAGUCCGCCAACUCACACCUGGUAGAACUGGACCUGAGUUUUAACAGUUUGGGAGAUUUAGGAGUGAAACUUCUCUGCAUUGGUCUCUCAAAUCAGCACAGCAGGCUGGAGAAACUGACUCUCAGUCACAACCAGCUGGAACAUAUCGGAGUGAAGCUGCUGUGCGACUGUCUGAUGAGUCCACACUGUAAACUGCAGACACUCGGAUUGGCUGGCACAAACUUCUCCGAACAAUCUUGUGAAUUAAUGGCUGCAGUUUUCCAAUCUGCGAAUUCCCACCUGAAAGAGCUCGACCUCGGCUGCAACACAGACAUAAAAGACUCUGGAGUGAAGCUUCUCUGCACCGGACUCAUGAGUAUACACUGUAAAAUUGAGAAACUCAGCUUGGACAGAUGUGACCUGAGCCAUGACUCAUGUGAAGCCUUAAAAACUGCUCUCCAGUCACCACACUCAUGCUUGAGGAAGCUGGAUCUCGGCUACAACAAGCUCGGAGACUCCGGUGUGCAACAGCUUUGCGAUGGACUAACACAUCUAAACUGUAAGCUGGACUUACUGGAUCUGAGCUACAACAACCUCGGCCAUUCUGGAGUGAAGCUUCUCUCUACCGGACUGAUGAAUCCAGAGUGUAAACUCAAGAGCUUAAGACUUGCUGACGUCGGCAUUCCAGAGGAGACGUGUGAAACGCUGGCCUUGGCGCUACAGUCGGAAAACACACACCUCAGAGAACUCGAUCUCAGCAACAACUACAUUGGAGAUUCAGGAGUAGAGCUGCUCUGUACUGGAUUAAUCAGCCCAAACUGCUUCCUCGAGAAACUCAGUCUGCGAUGGUGUAAUCUGACCGAGGCGUCCUGUUCAAACCUGGCCUCUGUUCUGAGUUCACACACUCGUCUGACGGAGCUGGAGCUCAGAGACAAUGACGUGAAAGACCCAGGGCUGAAGCUGCUUUGCACUGGUCUUCAGGAUCCAGGAUGCUCACUGCAGAAACUGGGUCUUUCAGGGUGUUGCGUCACAGAAGACGGCUGCUCGGCUCUAGCUUUAGCUUUAAGCUCGGCUCACUCACAGCUCAGAGAGUUAGACCUCAGCUACAAUCAUCCAGGAGAGUCAGGAGUGAGACAGCUGUCUUCUGUUCGAGAUAAUCCACAGUGUAACCUGGAGAAACUGAGUGUGGAUCACUGUGGUGAGUGCAGGAUCAAACCAGGACUAAAGAAAUAUGCUUGUGAGAUCACCCUGGACCCAAACACUGCACACAGAACAAUGCCAUUAAGUGGUGACAAAAAGGUGACAAGGACUCGAGAUCAGCAGCCGUACCCGGACCAUCCGGACCGGUUUGAGUACUACGCCCAGGUUUUGUGCAGAGAGCCGCUGAGUGGUGCUCGCUUCUACUGGGAAACUGAGUGGACUGGCAAUAACAUAUACAAUGGGGUGACUUACAAAGGUAUUAACAGAAAAGGUCGCAGCAACGACUGCAAACUGGGUUAUAAUAAUAAAUCCUGGAUUCUGUUCUGUUCUAACAACUAUGGAUAUUAUGCUGGUUACAAUAACAAAGAGACAGUAGUGUCACCUCCACCGAAUCCCUCCAGAAGAUUGGGUAUUUAUUUAGACUGGCAGGCUGGUACACUGUCCUAUUUUAUCAUCUCAUCUGACAGGGUGUAUCACACAUACACGUUUCAUACAACAUUCACCGAGGCCCUGUAUCCAGGUUUCCGGGUCGAUGACACAUUGACGCUGUGUGAGCUAGAAUAAAAAACGGGCAUUCACUUUAAGGAGAUUACCGUAUGGAUGUCAGGAGUGUAUGAGAGGUUUGAAGGAAGUAAUAAUCUGUCGCUGUGUAUUGUUAUAUUAAGUUGUCCAUCACAAAUCAUUUUUUAAUUGAACUUAUUCAAUGUGAAUUUAGAUUUUUUUUGCCUUUUUUUAUACGUGUUACUGUAAAAUACAUCUUUCAAUUUGGAUUAGUAUUAAUUUUUUCAUUGUCAUUUAUUUACAUUCUUUUGUAGCACAGUUGCUUGAUAUAAGAGUUAGAACUGGUCACUUAGUCUCUGGACCAUUUUAGCAACGAUCACCAAACAAACAAAAGGAAAAAUGCAGAAAAUGUGAAAUGUAUUUGUAUUUAUAAUUAUUUCAUGUUUUUUUUUUUUUUAAACAAAAAUGUAAUUGUUUAUUGCAGCCCAAAAGUGUAUUUUGAUUUUUGACCCUUAUUUUAUAUUUUUUGAUUUUAUUUAUUAUUUAAAUGUGCAUUGUAGUUGUUAUUUAUACAUAUUUAUUUAGAUUUUUGCUUAUUUAUUCAUUCAUUUAUAUACUUUUCUUUUAUAAGGUAGAAAUUGAAUUCCUUGUGUAUGUGACUGAAGUGUUAAUUCUGUUCAUUCUUAGUAUAUUAUUAUUAUUAUUAUUGUUGUUGUUAUUUUUGUUAUUAUUGUUAUUAUUAACAAUAAUAACAAUAAUAACAACAACAAUAAUAACAAUAAUAAUAAUAAUGAAUGAUUUUGCCCUGAAUAAUUGUAGAUGUUUUUCUAAUUUUCAUCACAAACCGUUUUCAGUCCAUUUUAAUGACAAUAUUGUAGAUACUGAACACUGUUUUCUUCUAAACUGUGAGUCGACUCUCAAGCUUCAUUUUGAAAAAGAGCCGAUUUGCUAAAGAGCCGACUCACGUAGUUGAUUCCCAGAACCGAUUCGUAACGGUUGUAUUUUUACCUUAGAGAAAACGUCAAAAAAAAAAACCUGAGGUAAAAAGUUGCUAAAAUGGUUGUCAUUACUGUUGUUUUAUCUGUUACAUGUCUGUAUUAUCCGUGUAUUUAUAAUAUUAGGUAUUUAAAUCAAACUAAUAGAUAUUAAAUAAUAAAUAAUAUUAGCAUUUUAGCUAACUAGCAUAACCGCUACCUGGAGCUAAACGCCUGCACGUGCCACAGUUAAAAUCUUAGCAUCGUUAGCAUCAUGUGUGGAGGAUUAAACUUAUUAAAAUGUAAUUAAUGUAUUUUACUCCCUCGGUGUAGAUUAUCGUUAAAAACACUUGCAGAAGAAACACAGCUCUGUUAGUGGAGUCAGUUCUGUAGUAGAUCGCUAACUAGCCGAGUGCUACUUUAGCAUUUUAUGCUAAACCUUUAGCCUUGUGGGAGUUCACACUAACCUCACACUAAGCCUGAUUGUUAUCAUUUAUAUCUGAGAUUGAUAAAGAUUUUUUUCUGUAAACACUGUAAAUGUCCCAGUAAUAACAGCGUCCUCCUGUCAGAGCUACACAUAGCUGCUGUCUUCUUACAGAGAUCAUGACGUUUCAGCCCCAAGUUAGCACAUUAGCACCGGAUUCACUAAACACAUCACAGAUAAGAUUAUAUAAACAUAUUUGUUGUGUUUAUACAGGGUGGUGUUUUCUUUUCCUGAGCCCCACAGAUCAUGUGUGAGCUUCGGGUCAACAGGUUCACUGCUACAGCUCUCAUCUCUGGUAUCUCAUAGCGCCAUCUUGUGGUUAAAGGACAUUCAUUUCACAAUGAGAGGUCAGAGAAGACUGGGAUUCAUUAUUAAAUAAACUGGAUAAAUUCAUCAAGUGUGAAUCCAGAUUAUGAAUUAUAUCAUGUUUGCUUUAUACAAGCUUUACCCAUCACAUGCAGCAAUAAAGCUGUUAAAACGUG